AUGGACUUGAUAAGCUGCAACUUUUUCGCUCGAACUGCUCUAAUGCCUCCCCAUUGCAUCCAAGAUUACCACUCGCGUCCAACCACAAGGUCCAUAUUUUCCCCUGAGCGCUUGCUCACCCCUCCACCAAGUACUCUAAGAUCUGCAUUCACUUUCAUUGACCAUUAUGAUGUCACGGAUCCGGACGAGCCCGAAACAGCCGAGUCAUCAAGUAGCAAAUCAUACCGCCCAAUUCUGAUGUUAAAACCGCGAGGGGAAGUGUCCCGGGCUUACAACCUUCAGGUUGAAAUGAAAGUCGACGACAAACAAUUCACAGAUGUACAAGGUCUAAUCUCGCGAUUGGUUCCUGACCACCUAGAGACCAGCCUUUCCUUUAGGCAACAAUCCAGUGCCGAUUUAGAUACCAUUUAUGAAAAGGUGAUUUAG